GCAGACCAGCUGAAUCGAUCUGACGUCGCUCUCGUGUUGAUGUCCGCCAUUGUGGGUUGGUAGAGCGACCGGACAGGAACACUUCUAAAUAUGUAUUUAUCCUCAGCUCUUCGGGCGGCAGUGUCCCAUGCGGGCAGGCAGGUCCGGAGCCUGCACCAGUCCGCUGCUCGUCUUGGAGCAGGAGGGAUCUUUGUGCACAGAGAUACAGCAGACAACAAUCCAGAUACUCCAUUUGAGUUCACUCCUGAGAAUUUGAAGAGAGUGGAAGCCAUAAUAAGUAACUAUCCCCAAGGACACAAGCAGGCUGCUACCAUCCCAGUGCUGGACUUGGCACAGAGGCAGCAUGGCUGGCUCCCCAUCUCGGCAAUGAACAAGGUAGCAGAAAUCCUAGAGAUCCCCCCAAUGAGAGUAUACGAGGUAGCCACAUUCUACACCAUGUUCAACCGCCAGCCGAUGGGGAAGUACCAUGUCCAGGUGUGCACCACUACACCAUGCAUGCUGUGUGACUCGGACAGCAUCCUGCAAGCCAUCCAGAACAAACUGGGUAUCAAAGUCGGGGAGACCACACCAGACAAGUUGUUCACGCUAGCAGAGGUUGAAUGUCUUGGCGCAUGCGUGAAUGCUCCAAUGGUCCAAAUCAAUGACAACUAUUAUGAGGAUCUGAAGCCUUCGGACAUUGAGCACAUCCUUGAUGAACUGAAGGCAGGGAGAGUCCCUCCACCUGGGCCCAGGAGUGGCCGUUUCUCAUGUGAACCUGCAGGUGGUCUGACUUCUCUGACUGAACCCCCUCCUGGGCCUGGUUUUGGAGUCAGGCCUGACUUAUAACCACCUCAGAGAGACCAACUGCAUUACAGGCCCUCACCUAACUUGAUGAGUUUGUUCAAAAAUCACAGUAAUUUGUGAGUGUAAAUAAAACGUUAAUUGUACCUAAAA